GUCCGGGUUAACGCGGUUGGGAUACACUGCGUGGUCCGUGUGGUGCUGGGACGGACUUCUGAGGGCCAAUCGUGGGUGAAGAGGCGAGCACCGGCGUCAGGACUCCGAAGCGGGCAAUCUAAUGGGAGGAUCGGAAAAAAGGCCAGGAACCUGAAUACGACCUCACCUCUGUUUCCGAGGGGGCAACUUCCACCGGGAACCCCUCUGCCCUGGUAACGGCCAAAGAAGAGAUGGCGCCAGUCGGGGAGCGGCUGUGGCCGACACAGUAAGGAAGGGCGAAGGCGGAGCAACCGGAGGAGCCGUGGAGAAGAGCGAGAGCCGUCACUGCCGCCACCGCCGCCACCACCAUGGAAGGAGCCAAGCCGACCCUGCAGCUCGUGUACCAGGCAGUGCAGGCGCUUUACCACGACCCGGAUCCCAGCGGAAAGGAGCGCGCCUCGUUUUGGCUUGGGGAGCUGCAGCGUUCGGUUCAUGCAUGGGAGAUUUCAGACCAGUUGCUACAGAUUCGACAGGAUGUAGAAUCAUGCUAUUUUGCUGCACAGACCAUGAAAAUGAAGAUUCAGACCUCAUUUUACGAGCUCCCCACAGACUCUCAUGCCUCUUUACGGGACUCACUGCUAACCCAUAUCCAGAACUUGAAAGACUUGUCACCUGUCAUUGUAACACAGCUGGCUUUAGCAAUAGCAGACCUUGCCCUACAGAUGCCUUCAUGGAAGGGGUGUGUACAAACAUUGGUGGAAAAAUAUAGCAAUGAUGUGACUUCUCUGCCUUUUCUGCUGGAGAUCCUUACAGUGUUACCUGAAGAAGUACAUAGUCGUUCCUUACGAAUUGGAGCUAACCGACGCACAGAAAUAAUAGAAGAUUUGGCCUUCUACUCUAGUACAGUGGUAUCUCUAUUGAUGACCUGUGUAGAAAAAGCAGGAACAGAUGAGAAAAUGCUUAUGAAGGUCUUUCGCUGUUUGGGGAGUUGGUUUAACCUAGGCGUUUUGGACAGUAACUUCAUGGCUAACAAUAAGUUACUAGCACUCCUUUUUGAGGUUUUGCAACAGGAUAAGACCUCAUCCAACCUACAUGAAGCUGCUUCAGACUGUGUGUGCUCAGCUCUCUAUGCCAUUGAGAAUGUGGAGACUAACUUGCCAUUAGCCAUGCAACUGUUUCAAGGAGUCCUGACAUUGGAGACUGCCUAUCAUAUGGCUGUGGCACGCGAAGAUUUAGACAAAGUUCUGAAUUACUGUCGGAUUUUUACUGAACUAUGUGAAACUUUUCUUGAAAAAAUUGUUUGUACUCCAGGCCAAGGUCUUGGGGACCUGCGAACUCUAGAACUGCUUCUUAUCUGUGCAGGACAUCCUCAGUAUGAGACUUUCCUAAAAUCUCUCAAACAAGCAGCAUUUGGCUUCAGCACACCCCAUACCUCUCAGGAGAACAAUCCAACGCUUGUGGAGGUCCUAGAAGGAGUUGUCCGUCUCCCAGAGACUGUACAUACAGCUGUGCGAUACACCAGCAUUGAAUUGGUUGGAGAGAUGAGCGAAGUGGUUGAUCGAAAUCCUCAUUUCCUUGACCCUGUAUUGGGCUAUUUGAUGAAAGGCCUGUGUGAAAAGCCUCUGGCUUCUGCUGCAGCCAAAGCCAUUCAUAACAUUUGUUCUGUCUGCCGGGACCACAUGGCUCAGCACUUUAAUGGACUCCUGGAGAUUGCCCGUUCCCUCGAUUCCUUCAUGUUGUCUCCAGAAGCUGCUGUGGGCUUGUUGAAAGGGACAGCACUUGUUCUAGCCAGAUUACCGUUGGAGAAGAUUACUGAAUGUCUUAGUGAACUAUGUUCUGUUCAGGUUAUGGCAUUGAAAAAGCUGUUGUCUCAGGAGCCCAGCAAUGGUAUAUCCUCAGAUCCCACUGUGUUCUUAGAUCGUCUUGCAGUAAUAUUUAGACACACCAAUCCCAUUGUGGAAAAUGGACAGACUCAUCCGUGCCAAAAAGUCAUUCAAGAAAUAUGGCCAGUUUUAUCUGAGACUUUAAAUAAGCAUCGGGCUGAUAAUCGGAUUGUAGAGCGUUGUUGCAGAUGCCUUCGAUUUGCUGUUCGCUGUGUAGGCAAAGGAUCUGCAGCCCUUCUGCAGCCACUAGUCACACAGAUGGUGAAUGUGUACCAUGUACAUCAGCAUUCCUGUUUCCUGUACCUUGGCAGUAUCCUUGUGGAUGAGUAUGGCAUGGAAGAAGGCUGUCGGCAAGGAUUACUAGACAUGCUUCAGGCACUGUGCAUCCCCACCUUUCAGCUCCUAGAACAGCAAAAUGGGCUGCAAAAUCACCCUGACACCGUGGAUGACCUGUUCAGGCUAGCCACCAGGUUUAUUCAGCGUAGCCCUGUUACCUUGCUGAGGAGCCAGGUGGUCAUCCCUAUCUUACAGUGGGCCAUUGCCUCUACUACCCUGGACCACCGGGAUGCCAACUGUAGUGUCAUGAGGUUCCUACGAGAUCUCAUUCAUACAGGGGUAGCCAAUGAUCACGAAGAGGACUUUGAAUUACGGAAAGAAUUGAUUGGACAGGUGAUGAACCAGCUUGGACAGCAACUAGUAAGCCAGCUGCUCCACACAUGCUGCUUUUGUCUCCCUCCCUACACCUUACCAGAUGUGGCCGAAGUGCUCUGGGAGAUCAUGCAGGUUGACAGACCGACUUUUUGUCGAUGGUUAGAGAAUUCCUUGAAAGGUUUGCCAAAAGAAACAACUGUGGGAGCUGUCACAGUGACACACAAACAACUAACAGAUUUCCACAAACAAGUCACAAGUGCUGAGGAAUGUAAACAAGUUUGCUGGGCCUUGCGAGACUUCACCAGGUUGUUUCGAUAGCUUACACUCCUGCACUGUGCCUGUCACCCAGGAAUGUCUUUUUUAAUUAGAAGACAAGAAGAAAAUAAAAACCAGACUGUGUCCCACAAUCAGAAACCUCCAUUGUGGCAGAGGGGCCUUUACCGCCACCAGGGCGUCCCACCAGACAGGGAGAGACUCCAGCCCUCUGAGGCCAUCCUGAGGAGUUCCUGUUUGGGGAUGUGAGGGAAAAUCAGCACCGUUUCUAAAAAGAUGGCUGCAACCUGUCCGGCGUGGUGGGAGGGGAGCUGGUUUCCUGGUGAACUUGUUUCUAAAAGGAAAAAUAAUUUUUAAGGAAUAAAAAAGGAAAACUAAGCUGAAA